AUGGACGACAAGCAACGGUCGUCGCUCGACGAGCAGGAGCUCGCGAGGACAGGCAUCAAUGUCGGUGUUGCCGAGACACGGUCCGCUGACGUCGACAUUGACCACCAGGCCGAAAAGGCGCUCGUCCGCAAGAUGGACCGCUACAUUGUGCCCGUCGUCAUGAUCGCGUAUCUCCUCUGCUUCCUGGACCGCACCAACAUUGGCAACGCCAAGCUGUUUGGCCUCGAGCGCGAUCUGCAGCUCGUCGGUGCCCAGUACAACGUCGCCGUCGCCGUCCUCUUCAUCCCCUACGUCCUGGUCGAAGUGCCCAGCAACCUGCUGCUCAAAAGGUUCACGCCGUCCAAAUGGCUUGCCAUGCUGGCCUUUCUCUGGGGCAUCGUGUCGACCCUCAUGGGCCUUGUGCAAAACUUUGGCGGGCUCGUGGCCUGCCGUCUGGUCCUUGGCCUGCUCGAAGGCGGCCUGUUCCCCGGCCUCACCGUGUACCUGACGCUCUUCUACACCAAGCGGGAGCUCGCCCUGCGCAUCGGCUACCUGUUUGUCAGCUCGGCGCUCGCUGGUGCCUGCGGCGGUCUGCUGGCCUACGGCAUCGGCUUUCUCGACGGCACGCGCGGCCUGUCCGGCUGGCGCUGGGUGUUUGUUCUCGAAGGCAUCCCCACGGCCCUGUUCGGCGUGGCCAUGUGGUUCUUGCUGGCCGACGAGCCCCAGACGGCCUGGUUCCUGCGCGCCGAGGAACGCGCCCUGCUCGUGGCCCGGCUGCGGCGCCAGACGGGCUUCCACCAGGAGCUCGACCGCGCCGACGCCCUCAAGGCCGUCAAGGACUGGAAGGUUUGGCUGUUUGCCGCAGGUCAGUUUGGCGUCAACUCCAUGCUGUACAGCUACUCGGUGUUCCUGCCCAGCAUCGUGAGCGGUCUCGGCACGUGGACCAAGCCGCAGUCGCAGGCGUUGACGGUGCCCUGCUACGUGCUCGGCGCCGCCAGCUACCUCGUCGUCGCCCGCCUGUCGGACACCCACCAGCUGCGCGGCCCCUACCAGAUCGCCGCCGCGUCCCUCUGCAUUGUCGGGUACGGCGUGUCCAUGGCCCCCGCCAGCUCCGCCGUGCACUAUUUUGCCACCUUUCUGAUCUCGCUGGGCCUGUUCAUCGCUGUCGGCCUGCCCCUGGCCUGGCUGCCCUCCAACACGCCGCGCUACGGCAAGCGCACCACCGCCUCGGCCAUCCAGAUCAUGGUCUGCAACUGCUCCGGCAUCGUCUCGCCCUUUCUGUACCCUGCUGCCGACGCGCCCCGCUACGUCAUGGGCUACAGUGUGUCGAUUGCCCUGCUGGCGUACGGCAUCGCCAUCUAUGGCUUUUUGUCCUACUACUACGACCGCGUCAACAAACGCCGCGCCGCCGGACUGGAGGACCACAAGAUCGCAGGCAUGUCGGACGACGAGAUUGAUGCACUUGGUGACGAGAGCCCGCGGUUUGUGUACACAAUCUAA